UACUGCAACGACGUUUCCGUGUUCGCGAAGUGCUCAACAUUUCCUUGAAGAACCCACCUGUUUACGCGUUCAAUCUCUGGAUGAGAUAUCUGACAUUCAUGCCCUCGAGGACUUCAUUCAUGAGAGGAAACGGGACCGUUCAACCUCCUCUAGACUUCUAGGAGCAUCUGAAGCGUCUCCGGCCGGGUUUGGGUCUGUCGUCUGUGGGCAAAACUCCUGAGGAUCUGCCGCUGGCAUAAAAGCGUGGCUGCUGGUUGAGUUGCUUUCAAAACAACAGGUGAAGCAGGAGCAUUGAGUGAACUUCUUGGCAGUGUCUCUUAAAAGGGCAACAGCAUCACCAUGAGUCAGUGGAAGCAAGUUCAGCAACUGGAUAUUAAGUUCCUCGAACAGGUGGAUUAUUUUUACGAUGACAAUUUUCCAAUGGAGCUGAGACAAGUGCUGGCUAACUGGAUUGAAAGCCAGGAUUGGGAAACGGCAUCAAACCAUGAAUCUAUGGCUACUGUACUCUUCAAUAACUUCCUCAUUCAGCUGGAGAGACAGUGCUCUCAGGAGCAGAACUUUCUUCACAGACACAACCUGAAGAGAAUAUUUCAUCAGAUACAGGUGAAAUACAAAGCAAAUCCUCUCCAAAUGGCUGCAGUCAUCUGUAACUGCCUGAGAGAAGAAAGACGCAUCUUGUCCACAGCCAGCAUGCAGGAACAGGGACCACUGGAAAAGUCAAUGCAAAAUUCAGCAGCUUUGGAGAAGCAGAAAGUUCUGGACAAUAAAGUGGCUGUGAUAAGAAGCAGCGUUCAGAUGCUGGAUCAGGCUGUGAAGUAUCUUGAAGAUAUGCAAGACGAUUUUGACUUUCGUUACAAAACGCUCCAGCUUCGAGAUCCACUUGAGAGGAACUCUUCAUCCAUGAAACAAGAAGUCACAACUCUUCAAGAAAUACUGAACCGCUUGGAUUUCAAAAGAAAGGAGUUUUUGUCAAAGACAGCAGAUGUUAUCAAGGAAAUUGAUGCUCUGAUUUCCUCCCAGCUCAACCCUGAACUCAAGGAAUGGAAACGGAGGCAACAGAUCGCCUGCAUCGGAGGGCCAGUUCUGAUAGGACUGGACCAGCUCCAGAACUGGUUCACCCUGACAGCCCAAAGUCUGUUCCAGAUUAAAAGACAGCUAGACAAGCUUGGUGAGCUGAUCCUGAAAGUCACAUAUGAGAGCGAUCCCAUUCCUCUCCAGAGACCUCAGAUGGAGGAGCAGGUCAAAUACCUCAUCUACCACCUCAUUAAAAGCUCCUUUGUGGUGGAGAAGCAGCCCUGUAUGCCAACACACCUCCAGAAACCCCUCAUCAUCAAAACACAGGUGCAGUUCACCACCAAGGUCAGGUUGCUGGUUAAGUUACCUGAGGUGGAUUAUCAACUCAAAGUCAAGACAACAUUUGAUAAAGACCUUCCACCGGGCAAAGUAAACAGACAGUUCUUCAUCCUGACCAACAACACUAAAGUGAUGGAUGUGGAGGAGUCCACUGGCUGUCUGUCUGUAGAGUUCAGGCAUCUGCAGCUAAAAGAACGAAAGUGUCCUACCGGAGGAAAAGGAAAUGAGGGUCCGCUGUCAGUAACAGAAGAGUUACACUCUCUCAAUUUUGAGGCCAUGCUGAUGUUACAGGGUCUGGAUAUUGAUCUUGAGACUUGCUCUCUGCCGCUGGUGGUCAUCUCUAAUGUCAGUCAGCUCCCAGGAGGCUGGGCUUCAGUCAUGUGGUACAACCUGCUCACGGAUGACCCAAAGAACCUGGCCUUCUUCAGUAACCCGCUGCGGGCGAGCUGGAGUCAGCUCUCUGAGGUGCUCAGCUGGCAGUUCUCGAGUUUCGCAGGCCGAGGGCUCAACAAGGAGCAGCUAAACAUGCUGGGAGAUAAACUUCUGGGUCAACAUGGUUCUUAUAAUGACUGCCAGGUUUCUUGGUCCAAGUUCUGCAAGGAGGUCAUACCGGGAAAAUCCUUUAGUUUUUGGAUGUGGCUGGACUCUAUCUUGGACCUAAUUAAGAAGCAUUUACUUCCUGUAUGGAUUGAUGGUUGCAUAAUGGGAUUUGUGAGUAAAGAGAUGGAGCGUGCUUUACUGAAAGAGAAGGAGCCCGGAACGUUCCUGCUACGCUUUAGUGAAAGCCAUCUUGGAGGAAUCACCUUCACCUGGGUUGAACAGGAUGAAAAUGGAGAUCCAAAGUUCAUCUCUGUCGAGCCGUACACGAAAAACCGCCUCAACGCUUUGCCCAUUGCUGACAUAAUCCGCGACUAUAAGGUCAUUGCAGACGGUGUUGUUCCAGAAAAUCCCCUAAACUUCCUUUAUCCAGACAUCCCGAAGGACGAGGCUUUUGGGAAACAUUACAAUAGCCAGCAGAACAAAGUUUGUCCCUAUAUUCCGACACAUUUAGUUCCAAUUUCCCAUCGCGUUCCAGCACAACAUUCAUGUUCCUCUCCUGAGCCUCCAAUGUCUCCUGGAAUGUAUGAAAUCAUCACCCAGCACCUCAGUCCCUUCGAGUUUGAGAGCGCUAUGAGUUCACCCUAGAAAAGGCGACGACAGCAAUUCAGAUGGAUCCAAGAAUUUUGAUGGGUUUAAUUCUAUCCGUCUUUUUAUUAUGGUUCUCUUUACCAUUUUUUACUUUUUUAUACAUCACUGUACUAUCUAUAUAUAUAUAUAUAUAUAUAUAUAUAUAUAUAUAUAUAUAUAUAUAUAUAUAUAUAUAUGUGUGUGUGUGUGUGUGUGUGUGUGUGUUAUAUAUGUUCUGUCAUUCUCAUUCUAGAUCAAAUCCUGAUCACAAUAUUGGUUGGUAAUUAACCAUUGUCUGUAAAGGCUGAGGAUUUCUGUAAAUUUAGAUUUAUUCAAACAUUAAUCUGGUUUAAGAUUAUACUAAAUUUGACUGUUUAUGUAUAUAUUAUGACAAGCUUGUUGUUUCUGUUGUAUUUUUAAAUAAAUAAUUUUAAGGUUUC